AUGACGGCGUCGACUUCCCCCCCCGCGUCGCCCCCACCCGCGGGCGACGACGAGGCGUACGCCGCGAUGCGAGCCCAGGUCGAGGCCGCCACGGACGCGCUCCGCGAGGAUCUUCUCGCGACGGCCGCGGAGAUGAAAUCUUUCACCGACCUCGCCGGAGGCGAGGACGUUCGCGAGCUCCUCGCGAUGCGCUUCGGGAUCGAGGAAGAGAUGGCGUCCCUGCGGAGAGAGACGCGACGGCUGGAAGCGAUCGCGGAGCUCGGGAGUAUGGAGGCCGCGGAGACGGACGGCGGCGACGACGAGGACGUCGAGACGCGACGCGCGGCGUCGAGAGCGCGGCUCGCGGCGAUGGAAGCGACCGCGGACGAGGACGCGGCCGCCGCGCGCGCGGCGUUCGUCGCCGCGAGAGACGAGAACGGCGGGUCCGACCCCGCGUCGACGUCGUUCGACGCGUUCGACGGCGACGACGAGGAGGCGUUGGACCGCGCGAUCGCGGAGAUGGACGAGAGGCUCGACGCCGCGCGCGCGUCGAGGAACGAGAUGGUCACGAGAAGGAGAGAGCUCGAGGCUGAGCUCGACGCAUCGCGCGGGCGUUUCUGA